AUGGGCGUAGCUUUAUGGCUUUGUCCCAAACCCAAUUCUCAAAUAUAUGAUAAAUUAUCAACACUAAUGAGUUCAAUUAACACAUUAUUUCCAGGUCAAUCACCAAAAUUUGAACCACAUAUAACUAUAACUACAAAUAUACUGAUUGAUUUAGAUGAUAAAACCAAAACAAGAGAUGAUGUAGAUAAAGUUUUAUCAGCUUCUGCAGUUGCUUUACAAUCAUUACCUCAAAAUCAUUCAAAUUUAGUUACCUUGGGGAAAAUCAAUAGUCAAAGAAAAUAUUUUCAAAAACUAUAUUUUGAAGUAUUAAAAGAUCCAAAUUUAAUAUCUUUUGCAAGAAUAAUUAGAGAAUUAUUUGUUAUAGCACCUUAUGAUAUUGAAUCAGAGAAUAAAAAACAAAAUCCACAUUUAUAUACAACUGAUCAUCAUGGAAACACAGUGAGAAGAAAACCACUGAAGAAACAUCGUCAUGAAGAAGCACAAACAAAGCAAUUUGAUACAUCAGAAAUACAAAGAGCAGCAUCAUAUAAAGCUGCAGAAUGGGCUGAGAAAGAAUAUUUACCUCAUUUAUCAUUAGUGUAUAAUAAUAUGUGGCCCAUAGAUAAUGCGUUAUGGUUAACUAUAAAACAAAGAAUCAAUGAUUAUAUGGGGAUAGAAGAUGUUGAUGCUGAAGGUUUAGAAGAUAAUGGAUAUGGAUGGGAUGGUGGAGUUUUAAAAUUAGUACUUUGUGAAGGUGAUGUAAAUCAAUGGUUGAUUUUAGGAAAAUCAGAAGCUUUAAUGCUGCAACCAAAAGAUGAAAAUUACUUAUGUAUAACAUGUUCUGAGACGUUUGAAACACCAUCAGAUAUUCAAAAACAUUUAUCAACCACAAGGCACAAGUCAGUAAAACUAAUCAAAACAGAUGAAACAAUGGAGUGUGAAGAAUGUUCAGAUUCAAAUAUUCAUCAACUAGCAAUACUAAGAUAUGGUUAUAAUGAUAUGGCUUUAUUAUGUCAACUUUGUUUAAGUAAUGUUACUAAGGAAACAGGUGAACAACCAUCAGCAAAUUAUACAUUAUCUAAUGGAGCAUUUUUUGGAAAAUUAAAUCAAUAUUUAAAAUUUAGAGAUAUUGAAUGUAUACUAUGUGGCAGUGAAGAUAAUUUAUUUGUUGGUAAUACAUCAAAAGGACAAGUCAUAGCAUGUAAGAAUUGUACACCUCAAUAUGAAUCUCAAAAUAUAAACUUUGUAGGAGAAAAUGAUGAGAAGUUUUUAACUGAAUUAUUAGGAUUGAAAGAAGUUAUUGUGAAAAAAUCAAUUAGAGGUGGUGGAAGAGGACGUCGUGGUGGAAGAAGAGGCGGUAAAAGAGGUGGCAAAAGUGAUAGACCGUCAAGAAGACCCAAGAAGGAAGACCCUGAAGCUGAAUCUAGAAGACAACAUUAUCAAGAAUCAAAACAAAGUGCCAGUAAUAUCAAAUCUGGCUCAACUGUAAAGGCUAUAGGAUCAUCAAAUGUUGGAAAAACUAAUGAGAAAAAUUCAUUGAGCAAAGUGAAAAAUGCUCCAAGUAAUGGAAGAUUCUCAAGAUCAGAUGCAAGCUCAACUUCAAAAAAGUUUAACAACGUGAAUGGCUCAAAAAGUAAUUCAAGAUUACCUGCAACUAACAGCAAUAAAAUAAAUACGAACUCAACAUCUAAACAGUACCAAUCAUUGAAUAUUUCGGAUGGUACAAAUUCAAAUGGACAUUCGAAACUGAAAAAUCCAAAUGUUCACGAUAAUACAUCAAAAGGCAAGAAAGACACUCUAAAAAGUAGCACGUCAAGUAGGAACUCACCAAAAGGUAACAACACACCCGAAACUAAUAACACACCUAAAACUAAUAACACACCUAAAACUAAUAACACACCUAAAACUAAUAACACACCAAAAACUAAUAACACACCUAAUAAUUCAAAGAAAGCAACUCCUAGAUCAUCGAAUCAUCCAACACCAACUAAUUCAAAUAAACAAACUCCUAUAUCAUCCAAAAAAACCACACCACUAAAUUCAGGUAAUCAAACACCAAUUCGAAGUCAAAGUCCAAGUAUAAACAAAACAACUAAUCCUUCAACAACUUCAUCAUCUGAUUUAAUUUUACCACCAUAUAUAACCAAAUAUCAUCCAUCAUCAAAAUUAAAACUAUCAUAUGAUUCAAUAGAGGAAUAUUUUAGAGAAAUGAGUUUUAAUAUAUUUUUAGAAGAUCAAUUAACAAAUGAUUCAAAUAUAAUUGAACCAAAAGAUCUAAUGAUUGAAUGGUAUGAAGAUCAAGAUAAAAAAAAUAAUCAAUUUAAAGUAAGUAUACCAAUGAAAUCUGAAAUUAUUGAUAGAUUUUUAUCAGAUAGAUUUAAAAAAUUAAAAAAAGAUCCUUUUCAAAAAGAUCAAGCUAUGUUUUUAAUAUUAGAUGAUGAUAUUCCAUGGUAUGGGAAAGUAGCUACUGUUGAUGGAGUUAAAUCGGGAGGAAAAGGGAAAAAUAAGAGAUCAAAUAAAGUUGAUUAUAUUGAAUUAGUUAUUGUAUUAUAUAAAUGGAAUAAUCAACCAUUACCCAAAACUAUCCAUUCAAAACAUUUAAAACUUUUACCUGCUUCCGUACCAGUAUCAAGAAUUUUAAAUGCAAUGGAUAAUUUAAAUAAUGAAAAUUUUAAAAAAAUGUUAUUAGGUAAAGAGCCCAUCAAGCAAAUUUUCUUUAAAAAUAAAGUAAAUUUUUCAACAAAUUUAAAUGAUUCUCAAAAGGCUGCUAUUCAAUCUGUUUUAAAUAAUAAAAUAAGUGUUGUUCAGGGACCUCCUGGUACUGGUAAAACUUCUGCAAUAUAUGAAACUAUAAUUCAAUUAUUAGAAUCUUUAAAUACUUAUCCUAUAUUGGUUGUUGCAGCUUCAAAUAUUGCAAUAGAUAAUAUAGCAGAAAAAUUAUUACCAAAACAUGAAAAAUCAAUCAUUAGAAUAACAGCAUCUGAAAAGGAAAAGGAAUAUAAUAUACAACAUCCAUUAGCUUCAAUUUGUUUACAUCAUAAAAUUUAUAAUGCAAUGUCACAAAAAUUUCAACAAGUACAACAAGAUUUAAGAAAUAAAAAUGCAUCAGUUAGUAGCAAUGCUUAUAAAAAAUAUGCUCAAGAUAAAUUUCAAAUUUCAAAAGAACAAAUAGCACAAGCAAAAGUUAUAUUAACUACAACAGUUGUUGCAGGUAGUUCACAAUUAAAAAAUUUACAAAAAUGUCCAGUUGUAAUAAUGGAUGAAUCAACUCAAUCUUCUGAACCAAGUACAUUAAUCCCAUUAGCAGUACCAGGAGUUGAAAAAUUUGUAUUUGUUGGAGAUCAAAAACAAUUAAGUUGUUUUUCAUUAAUCCCCAAUUUAUCAACAUCAUUAUUUGAAAGAAUUUUAAUGAAUGAAGCUUAUAAAAAACCUCAUAUGUUGAAUAUUCAAUAUCGUAUGCAUCCUCAAAUUAGUGAAUUUCCAAGAAUGAAAUUUUAUAAUAAUGAAUUAUUAGAUGGUAUAACUAAUGAAAAUAGAAACAUGAAAAAUAUACCAAAUGAUAAACCUGUGUAUUUUUGGGAUACCAAAAAUAAUGCACCAGAGCAAUCAGUUAGAAAUUUUUUAAGAGAAGAUCAUGGAUAUACAUAUAAUAAUCCAGGAGAAAUAAAAUAUAUAAAAGAAGUAAUUAAAAAUCUUAUAAUUGAAAAAGGAAUAUCACGUGAAGAAAUUGGAAUAAUAACUCCUUAUUCAGGUCAAAGAGAUUUAAUAUCAUCAAAUUUAAUAAAAGAUGAAAUAAUAAAUCCAACAAAUUUAGAAUUAAAAAUUGAAAUUGAUUUAGAUGAUAUUUCAAAUGAUUCAAAACCUAUAAAUAUUCAUAUUGUUUCAGGAAUAAUGAUUGCAUCAAUUGAUGCAUUUCAAGGUAGAGAAAAAAAUUUUAUGAUUAUGUCAUGUGUUAGAUCAAACCCCCAGAAUAAUAUUGGAUUUUUAAAAAAUGAAAGAAGAUUAAAUGUUGCUUUAACAAGAGCAAAAUAUGGAUUAAUUAUAAUUGGAAAUUACAAUUGUUUGAAACAAGGUGAUGAUUUAUGGAAUGAAUAUUUAAGUUAUUUAAAAGAAAAGGAUUUAGUUCAUGAUAAUGAUAGGUUUGAGUAUGUAUAG